AUGUCCGCCUCCACCGCCUCAACACCAGUCAAACGAGCCUGCGAUAGGUGCGUCAAGUGCAUUGGCGAGGGCACGAAUCCGUGCAAGAACUGUGUCGCCGCCGGCCUCGCAUGCACCUACAACGCCAUCCCGCAGAAGAAGGGACCCAAGGGCAGCCGGGCGAAGGUGCUCUCGGAGCUGCGAGAAACGCAGCGAAAUGCCCAGCUAGCGGCAGGUCUGCCCCAUGAACUCGGAUUCGAUGCACGCGCGCUUCCCACGACCUUCGCUCGCACUCCAGGACUGCUGCCGCCCGGCCUGGUGGAGAGCUGCAUUGAGUUCUACUUCGCAAACGUCUAUCCCGCACAGCCCGUCCUCCACCGCCAGUGCGCCCAGGAGACGUCCAUGAGCAUUGAGCAUUCCACCGAAGCCUACUGCGUGAUUGUGGCUCUGUGCGCCUACGUCAUGAUCCAAGCCAAUAUGACACUGCCUCCCAGCCUGCUGCCUCGUCCCGAGAUGGCCCAGCUCUCAAACGUCGGCGUGGGCCACGUCCUCCUAGAAGAAGCAGUGCGGGUCCGCAAAGGCUUCGACUACCUCGAAACGCCGACCCAGCUGUCCAUUUUGACUUCUUGGCUGUUUUAUGGCUGCUACUCUGGAUUGGGAAGGGACAACACGGCCUGGUCGUUUCUUCGGGAAGCCACGACUCAGGCGCAGCUGCUGGGCCUCCACGACGAGGAAAGCUACAAGGACGAUCCGCUCGACGUCUCGCGCAAGCGGGUCUUGUAUUGGUUGCUCUUCGUCGCCGAAAGAACGCAUGCCCUUCACAAGCAUCGCCCAAUCUCACUCUAUCCGACCAUACAUGCCCCGUCUUUGGAAGAAACGCCCCAAGAGAGGCAGAUCGCGUCCGGCCUCGACCUGAUGAUUAGCCUGUACAAGCCCAUCGACGACACGUUUGUCGGCCUGUGGAACAAAGCGCACACGCACGCCAACCCAACGUGGAUUGCACACCUGCAGAGCGAGGUGUCGGACGCUCUGCCGGCAUACCUCGAAUGCACAGAAAGCCAGGCGGUUGAGCUGCGAAUCACCCAGCAGUGGCUGCGCACCAUGGUCUGGCAGUUGUGCGUCAAUCAAGGCCUCGUCAGCAGCGUCGCGGCAGACAGCGCCAUGACCUUCAAGCACCCCAUUGAAAUCUCGAGAGACCUGCUCUCGAUGACGCACCAGUUCUCGCAUCAUGCGAUGGAGGUGCACGGUGCUGGCUUGAUUGAGAAGUUAUUCGAUAUUGCUUGCUGCCUAACCGAUGUGGUUGCUUGUAUACCCUUCUCACCAGAUACUUUUGCACUCGGGCCCCGCGACUACAUCUCGCGCUUCCUGACGCUUUUCUCUGCCCUUCGCGGCGGCCAGACCCGAUACCUGCAGUUGCUGCUUGCCAAGAUCUCCGAUGUGUUGCCCAACCUCCCGCUUCCCCGGUCUCUGAAUGUGCCCCAAAAUAUCCCUACGACGAUCGGCUUAGGCCCGGGCGCUCCUGGACCUGUUCCUUCGAAUCCGGCCGACGACCUUGCCUCCCUGCCGGCUGUCACAUCCCCGUCCUAUCCGUCUACAGAACUCAUCCGCCAACUGGCUGCCCAAACCGGUGCGCAACUUCCGUUCAACACUUCACAGCAAUCACUCCUGCAAGCGCCUUCUUCUCGCGUUGAAGACCUUUCCCUUUACGACUCAUCAGCUCCACAUAGCACGCAUUCAUCAGGCUCUGCGCCGGCCAGUCAAGCUGGAACACCAGGACCGUAUGAGCCAUCCGCGAACCAAUCACGGACACACCUGCAGACGCAGUCGCACGGGCUUCCCCCGCCUCAAGUCUCAUCGUCACACUCUCAGCAUGGCCAUAUGCAAAGUCACCAACUAGGCAUCAGUCCCAGCACAUACGAUCCACGGUUUGAUGUCCAUGGAUAUCCGGUCGAUCCGUCAAUGGUUUUCAAACCUGACGAUGCAGAAGCCGCUGGGCACAUGCAGGGUCAAGGCACACUGUAUGCACAAGGACAUCAUGGUGCUACUCGAGGGGGUUUGGGUCAUGGGGGUCAUCACAGGGGCGGUUAUCCAGGUUGACAGGUGAAACAAACGUGGGUACCCAGGUACCCGGUUCCAAAUUCUGCGUUUCACCUGGUGUCCUUUGUGGCAUUUGACGCCGCUGCGCGCACAAGAUUUGCAUCGAUUAAUUUGUGAGCGCCCGGUUCGCAGAACACCGCACCGCACCACAUUUAGCUCAACUGAAGAGAAAAUUCAGCAUGAGUUGAACAAC